AUGAUAAGCCACUCUAAAUUUGUGGAGCAGCUCCGAGAUUACCAUAUUCGAUACAAGCGCAACCACUCUGCUCUUACUUUGUUCUCGCCCAAACCCCACAUUCAAACUCGGGGUGAUGUUGCAGUGGCGAUUGGUUUUGCUUUACUGUUCUCCAUGCUUGUCGUGUCAUCCCUCGUGACCCUUUAUUUGAGGCACUUUUGGCUCUUUGGGGUUGUCAUAUGCUUCAAUAUAUUUCUUCCUGCCCGGCUAAGACUGACUAGGCAGACAUUGGCAAGGAACAGGGAACGAAGACUGCCAUUGUCCAUAUGA